AUGACCAACGAUUCCAGUUUAGCCUCCAGUACACCAAAGAAACCGAUUAUCGCACUCGAUUGUGACGGUGUCCUUUUGAAUUUCGAUGCUACCUAUGCUCAAAUUUACGAAAAAACAUUUGGAAAGCAAUUGUCAGUUGUAGUACCUCAAGCAUAUCGCGCUGAAACAAAAUAUGGUGUUCAAUUAACUCAUGAAGAGAAAUUUCAAUUCGAUGAAGUAUGGAAUGAACAUGGCUGGAGAACAAUGCCAAUGCAAGAUGGAGCACUCGAAGCAUGUCACUUGUUGCAUCAAGCCGGGUAUGAACUAGUUUGUGUUACCGCAAUGUCGUCGAAUCAUAGUGAACAUCGUUUGGAAAACUUUCGUUUACAUGGCUUUCCCAUUGACAAAAUUAUAUGUACAGGUUAUCACAAAGAUAAUAUUUGUAAAAAUCCGAAGAAACAAGUCAUCGAGGAUUUACAUCCUGUGGCUUUUGUGGACGACUUACGACGAAAUUUCAAAGACAUUCAAGGUGUUCACACCAAACUUGUUUUUAUCGAUCACGAACGAAUUGAUGAUCCAGAUAGACACGAAACAAUUUACUAUGACAUCAAAUACCCAAAUCUUUUAGCAUUUGUUAAAGAUUUUCUUCGAACUGAACUGCAUGGCAAUGAUAUUCUUUGGUCUGAGAGACCGACGCAUCUUCUAUCUUUGAAAUAG